UGGCCCCCACCCCACCUGGCCCCAUUCAUUAUGUCUCAGCUGUGGGACCAGACCCCCCCCCCUUCGCUCUCCCCCAGAAAAGGGCCUGCCAGCCCCGGAGAUGUUACCCCUGAGCCCUGUGAGGUUACCCGGAUGAGCCAGGCCUGGUGGGGGGAGGGAAGGAAAAGGGGCAGGGACGUGGGGGGGGGAUAUACAGCCCUGAAGCGAUGGCCUCCCAUGCUCCUUGUAGAGGUUUCCAGUCGUGUCCCCCUGGGCUGACGCUGUCGCUUUGUAUCCCCAGGAUGUGCUCAGGCCAGUGUGCGGAGAUCUGGAGAUACGUCACCCGGCUCGUGCACCACCAGAGGAAUGUGAAGAAGAUCCGAGGGAACUUGUUGUGGUACCAGCAUCUGGAAGAGGCAGAGAUGAGGGGGCCGGUGGAGACUGCUGGUUGAAUGGGGUCUAGGGCAGGGAAAGCCCAGCAGGUCGGAACCGGAGCAGGAGCGGCGCCGGCAGCUGGCCCAGGGCGUGGCCCGCCUGCGUGGGGAGCUGCAGCAGUUGGACCUGCAGAUGGAGACGGCCCAGCGCGAGGUCAUGCCUGACGAGGUCUCCCUGGAGGCGGCCCAGGAGCGGAUCCGCGACGCCCAGCGCCGCUCCCUGCUGCUCAAGGCCUAUGCGGCCCGCACGGCCAAGGAGCACCAGCAGCUGCAGGCCAGCGUAACACAGCUGGAGGGGCGGCUGGAGCAGCUGCAGGACAUCAGCAGAAAGGCCAAGGUGGAGCUGACGGUGGGAGGGAAGGUGCCUGACCUCGGGUUUGCUGGCGUGGAGCCUGAAGUACUGCGGGACGUGCGGACGGCCUGCCAGCUGCGCUUCCACUUCCUGAAGUGGCUCUUCGAGCACAGCACGUCUGGGGCCCUCCCCAGCGGGACAAGCGAGGAGCUGCUGGAGGCAUCCUACCAGCACUGGUUGAGCACGGUGGAGGACAUCGUGGGUUCCCACCCUCCCAACCACCUCCUGGCAGCCCUGGAGCACCUGGCCCUGGAGAACACCCUGCAGAUGCAAGAGCUCACCAGCCGCAUUGACAUUCCCCGUGACGUAGAGGCGCUCAAGUUCCGCUACGAGAGCGCCCGCCUGGAAGACCUGGCGGGGCCGCCAGCAGCCCUGCCCUCGGUCCGGGGCCUCAUACAGGAAGGCUGGAGCAGGUGUGAGGAGCUGUGGGUGCAACAGCUCCCCCUACAGGCCCGGGAGCAGCGAGGCACGGCCCAGCUGGCCUCCCUCCUGCAGGAGAUGCACCGGCUGCUGGCGGACGGCUCGGAGCGCGCCAUCCUCGCCAGGUAGCUGCCCCAGGCCUUUGGAGACACCCCGCCCCCUGGGCUCACCCCUGCACAGUUGGUGACCACCCACUCCUGGGAGACGGUCCCCUGCUGGGGAGACUUCCCGCUCCAGGAGUCCCUCUGCGCUGUGAGGGCCCCCUGGAGAGCGCUCCCUGCUGGGGAGACUACCCUGUUCCGUGGGGUCCCCCUGUGCUGUUGGGGCCUGUGGUGAGCACCCCCUGCCGGGGAGACAUCCCCACCACCCAGGGUCCCUCCUGCACAGUCGGUGACCACCCACCCCUGGGAGACUGCCCCCUGC